UAUCAUGAAGAGUGUGAAGCUGGAAUCAAUAAGCAGAUCAACAUGGAACUAUAUGCGAGCUACGUAUAUAUGACAAUGGCUUUUCAUUUUCAUCGUGACGACGUUGCUUUAAACGGCUUCUAUAAAUUUUUCCUCAAUGAGUCAGAAGAAGAGAGACAACAUGCAAUGAAGUUAAUGACCUAUCAAAACAUGCGAGGUGGUCGAAUUGUAUUGCAAGAUAUAUCGGCACCUUCUCAACUCUCAUGGAAUUCAGGACUUCAUGCCAUGCAAUAUGCUCUGGAAUUAGAAAAGAAGGUCAAUCAAAGUUUAAUGGAAUUAGUAGCCACUGGCGAAAGACACAGAGAUACUCAUUUUUGUGAUUUCAUUGGACAUGAAUAUUUGGAAACUCAAGUACAGUCAAUUAAAAAGCUUUCUGAAUACAUCACUAAUCUUAAUCGUGUGGGCCCUGGUCUAGGUGAGUAUACAUUCGACAAGGAAACACUACAUGGUGAAAGUCAAUGAUUUUGUAUGAUUAGAUUGUUAUGAUAAGUUUUAUGUAAGCUAUUUUGUUUUUGUAAAAUUAAAAAUUUAUACUACUG